CCGGUUUCAAGCAUACUCGGUCAUUUUCGUCGUAUCCGCCUUGGCGACUGGACGUCGUUACUGUUCUGGUGACGAAAAGUAACGAUUUAGCAUGGUUAACGGAAGAAUUCCGUCGGUCUUCUCCAAGACCUAUGUAACUCCUAGAAGGCCAUAUGAAAAGGCUCGCCUUGAUCAGGAGUUGCGCAUUAUUGGAGAAUAUGGUCUCCGUAAUAAGCGCGAAGUGUGGAGAGUAAAAUACACUUUGGCCAAAAUUCGUAAGGCCGCUCGUGAGUUGCUCACACUGGAAGAAAAAGACCCGAAGCGUCUUUUUGAAGGAAACGCAUUGCUGCGUCGUCUGGUGAGGAUUGGUGUGUUGAAUGAAGCUCACAUGAAGCUUGAUUAUGUGUUGGGUUUAAAGAUCGAAGAUUUCUUGGAACGUCGUCUACAAACCCAAGUAUUUAAGUUAGGGUUGGCCAAAUCCAUCCAUCAUGCGCGUGUGCUCAUUCGUCAACGGCAUAUUCGCGUACGUAAACAGGUGGUGAAUAUUCCGUCGUUCAUCGUGAGACUGGACUCGCAGAAGCACAUCGACUUCUCGCUUAAGUCGCCCUUCGGUGGCGGCAGACCCGGUCGCGUCAAGAGGAAGAACCUGAGGAAGGGAAGCGGUGGCGCUGCGCCAGAAGAGGAGGAAGAUUAAGCUGAUAAUUAUUAUCAUCUAUUGUUUCAAUAAAUGCAUCACGUGUAACAUUU